GCAUGGGACCUCACCAAUUUAAGUGAGCUGGAAACCUACAAAGUUUGUGAAACUGGCAAAGUGGGAGACUUGGCUCAAGCAGUACGAAGUAAAGACACUAGUGUCGUGAGAGCGGUUCGUUGGUUGCCUCAUAAACAUCACAUCUUAUUUUCUGGAAAUGACAAUGGUGUCGUGGCGGUAUGGGAUACCAGAAGCAAUCGAACAGCUCUGUCAUGGAAAACAUUAAGUAAAGGCAAUUGUAUUCGAGCAAUGCGUCUCACAUCCGAUGGAGCGCACUUAGUCAUGGUUUUGUAUAGUGGCACUGUUAUACUUUGCGAUGCAGUCACAAUGGAGCAGUUAGGCACAUAUGAGUUCCACGAUCGUCGAAGAUGGAGUGAGAAAAUGUCGAACGCACUGGAUCACUUUGCCAUCUGUGACGAAGGUUCAGCUAUCAGAGUAGCUCUACCUGUCGGCGAUGACAUUGAAUGGAUUCGGUUCUCAAAGCUGUACUCGGCAGGAGCUGAUCGGAAUGUACUUUGCUGGGCUCCGGAAAGUGAGAGGAAUCGCUUACACCUGGAAGCUGAGACAGCAAAGGCGAAUGCUCUGUCGAGUGAUUGGAGUGAUGACGAUUGA